UGGAUAUACAAAACAAUGAUAUUUUCCAGCUUCAUGACUUCAUGUACAAUGCAACUUUAAGGUUUAUAUUAUUCCUCUCAACGAAAGCAUUAUUUACUGAAUUCAAAGAAAAUACAGCUUUCUAAUCUGUUACUGUCAGUUUUUGAUCCAAACAUUUUUAAUGGCAUAUUCCUGCCAAAAACAACUGACCUGACUAUACUUAGUCAAUGACAUAUAUGUGCGAGGGUUCAAAUUAAACAUACAAAGACACACAACCUGGGUUAGGACUACAGUUCACAGAGAAGAUUAUUCAAAAUAUCAGCAGCAACGAAAACCAUAGGGCAAAGGACAAGUUAUUGAUAAUAAAAGUCAAUCUAAAUCAAUGCUUUCUCCAAGGAAAUCCUGGCUUAUCCUUUACAGAUCCAGAUCGUUUCUUAAUUUCAUGCCGAUGUUCUUCAUAUGCCAGGUAACAACAAGCUAUGUGUGAUAUUGAUGACACUUAAAAUCGAUCAAUCAAUCACAAUAUGGCCUAUUCCAAGAUCAUUAUCAAUACAGAUAUCUGACGCAGAAUCUGGCAUAUUGCUCAAACAGCCCUAUUAUGUUCUAAAGCUGCGCUUAAGAUGUUAAUUUCUUAAUUUUUCUCUGAUAUUUUGACAAACAUGUAUUACAAGGAAACAAAAUGUUCCUCACUGACUAAAUUCUAAAAAAAAAAAAAUUAUUAAACUCUUUAGAAACUACAAUCAUGCCAACAAAGUUAUCAAACUAGAUACCUUUUACCAUGGUCUGCCAUGUAUUUGCUAAAUAAACAAGGCCUCAGCGAUGAAGGCAGAAAGAAUAGUUGAGUAGAGGAAUGACCCAAAUAACCAGCUACAUGUAAUUAUAUAGAAUAGUCACGGUAUGUGUUUUUGUUGUCCUAUUUGUUGCCCUUAAUGCUUAGAACUGCAAUAAGCACUCUUACAUUGGCAGCAACAGCUUUACUCAUUAACAUUAGGUCCAGUUGUAAAUAACUAACUUUGAGUGGUCAUCAAGAUUACAAAAGCGCUAUUAUAAAUACCGAGCAAAUAUCAAGAGUUUCUAUUGUUUAAAUUCAAAGUCAAAGUCAAAAUCAAAUUUGGUCUUUGUGAACAGAAAUAGACAUUUAUUUGCACAUAAAAUUGUAAAAAACGAGAGGUCAUUCGAGAUGAAUGUGCAGAUGAAUUCCAAUGUCAGUUGUGAACUGACAUACUUAGAACUGUUCAUUUGUCAAAGCAUAUAGCAUUACAUAAGUGUUCUACUUGACCUCUGUGGUCCCUCAAGAAUAUCAGACACAUCCACCUGUAACCUAAAACAUCGCAGAUUAUUGCCAGCCACAACAUCCUAAUUCUGCAUUCUUAGAUCAACCCCAAUGAGAACAGAACAAAGAUAACAAUAAUAAUGAUCAAUUCCAGGGGCCCGUUUCACAAAGCAGGUUUAGUGAAAACUCUGAGUUAGUUAACCCUGAGAUGAGGGAAACUCUGGUUUUUCAGUUUCACAAAGCCAGUUCAGCUUUACUCUGAGUCAGUUACCCUGGCAACAUACUCCGUGAACCUAACCUGCUCGCUGGCAGGUUUUCUUCAACUAACCCCGAGUUUCUCCUGCUCUUAAGUUGAAGCCUGCAGACUGAAGGCAGUGGCAGACAUGGCGUGUCCUUUUAUUGAAGAGCCAGUUGAUGUCGAGGCGCAGAUACUCCGCAGACAUCUCCACCGGGAGAGGAUUAUUAGACCCCGAUUGGAUGUUUUAUCAUUCCCUGAUGAGUAUCUGUUUGAGCGUUUCCGUUUCUCUGCAUCAUCUAUAAUUUAUAUAAACGAUAUUCUCAGCCCUCACAUCGCUCACAUGACGCAUCGUGGACAUGCUCUCAGUUCCGAGCAAAUUCUUUGUAUUGCACUUCGUUUUUUUGCCAACGGCAGUUUUUUGUACAACGUCGGUGAUGCAGAGCAUGUGUCCAAGGCAACUGUCUGUCGGGCUGUCCGAAAUGUGACACUUGCACUGAAACGGCUACUAUGCACGUUUGUAGUGUUCCCAAGUCACAGACCCACCAGACUUCUCAAAGAAGAGUUCCACAGAAUUGCAGGGUUUCCAGGUGUGAUUGGCUGCAUAGAUGGCACUCACAUUCCUAUCAUCGCUCCUUCAAUAAAUGAAGGAGAUUAUGUGAAUAGGAAAUCUGUCCACAGCAUUAAUGUGCAGAUCAUAUGUGAUGGAGCCCACAUGAUUAACAAUGUGGAAGCGAAGUGGCCUGGGUCUGUGCAUGACUCACGAAUGUUUCGUGAGUCGACACUGAGUGCCAGAUUUGCCGGUGAGUUCGAUGGUUACCUACUCGGAGACAGAGGGUACCCCUGCCAGCGCUAUCUGCUGACCCCUUACCCUGACCCUGAGCCUGGCCCACAGCGACACUACAACUUGGCUCACUGCAGGACACGAGCCAGAGUGGAGAUGACCAUCGGGAUACUCAAGGCCCGGUUCCAGUGCCUUCGUAGGCUCAGGGUCACCCCAGAGAGAGCUUGUGACAUUAUAGUGGCAUGUGUGGUUCUCCACAACAUUGCCACUAUUAGAGGAGAACAAUGUCCUACUCUUUCCCCCUGUGAUCCAGGUAUUAAUCAUACCCCCCCUGCUGAUACACGAGAUGGAAGAGCUGUUAGAGACAUGAUAUGUGUCAAUCAUUUCUAACUGACCCAUCACCUCCCCAAUGUUCAAGAACGACAAUAUGCAUCUCAUUUUAUGAGGUCUUCUUUAUUUCCUAGAAGGACAAAUUUUGUACAGUUGUUAAUCCUUUGUUGUUGAAACAAUUAAAAAACAUCCACCUGUGGGCACGUCACCCACCUUUAA